CAAGAAGAUUUCUAAGUUUUUUGGAAAGAGUGAAGACCAUUACCCAUCUCUGGAUGAGUUCCUGAGCAGAGCCAUGGAGAAAUCCCUGGAGAGUGAAAAUGGUCACCUGGACCUGUUUGUUCGCUUCCUUCAUGGCCUCUCUCUGGAGUCCAACCGCAGACUGUUAGGAGGUCUGCUGGGUCGGACAGACAACAGUCCAGAAAUCAUCCAGAGAGCCAUCAACAACCUGAAGAAGAUGAACAGUGAUGAGAUCUCUCCUGACAGAAGCAUCAACAUCUUCCACUGUCUGACGGAGAUGAACGACCUCUCAGUUCAUCAGGAGAUCCAAGAGUUCCUGAAGUCAGAGAACAGAUCAGCGAGGGAACUCUCUGUGAUCCACUGCUCAGCUCUGGCCUACAUGCUGCAGAUGUCAGAGGAGGUUCUGGAUGAGUUGGACCUGAUGAAGUACAACACAUCAUGGGAGGGACGCAGACUGAUUCCAGCUGUGAGGAACUGCAGAAAGGCUCAACUUUCUGGCUGUGGACUCUCAGAGACUCACUGUGAAGUCGUGGCCGCAGCUUUGAAGUCCAACCCCUCCCAUCUGACAGAGCUGGACCUGAGUUACAACAGGUUGCUGAAGGAUUCAGGAGUGAAGCUGCUGUCUGCUGGACUGGAGAGUCCACACUGUAGACUGGAGGCUCUGAGAUUGAGUGGCUGCAGUUUGUCAGAGAUCAGCUGUGUUUCUCUGGCCUCAGCUCUGAAGUCCAACCCCUCGCAUCUGACAGAGCUGGACCUGAGCUACAACAACCUGCAGGAUUCAGGGGUGAAGCUGCUGUGUGAUUUUCUGGAGAGUCCACACUGUAGACUGAAGACUCUGAGAUUGAGGGACUGUAGUUUGUCAGAGAUCAGCUGUGUUUCUCUGGCCUCAGCUCUGAAGUCCAACCCCUCGCAUCUGACAGAGCUGGACCUGAGCCUCAACAGGCUGCAGGAUUCAGGAGUGAAGUUGCUGUGUGAUUUUCUGGAGAGUCCACACUGUAGACUGAAGACUCUGAGAUUGAGUGGCUGCAGUUUGUCAGAGAUCAUCUGUGUUUCUUUGGCCUCAGCUCUGAAGUCCAACCCCUCGCAUCUGACAGAGCUGGACCUGAGCUACAACAACCUGCAGGAUUCAGGAGUGAAGCUGCUGUGUGAUUUUCUGGAGAGUCCACACUGUAGACUGAAGACUCUGAGCUUGUGGGACUGCAGUUUGUCAGAGAUCAGCUGUGUUUCUCUGGCCUCAGCUCUGAAGUCCAACCCCUCCCAUCUGACAGAGCUGGACCUGAGCUACAACAAGCUGCAGGAUUCAGGAGUGAAGCUGCUGUGUGAUUUUCUGGAGAGUCCACACUGUAGACUGAAGACUCUGAAGGCGAAUGGCAGGAUAUACAAUGCUAAACCUGUCAGACAUGAAGGAGCUAUUGUCUCUAAUCACCCAGCUGAUGCGUCCACGUCAAAGACAAACCUGGAUGUGUCUGAGGACAGAAGAGAGGACAGUGUGGAUGAAGAGGAUCAGCUGUGUCCUGAUGAUCCAGAGAGGUUGAAGCAGCAGCAGCAGCAGCUGGACACGUUAAGUUUCACACCUGAACUGUUGACAGAGUCUGGAAAGACUUCAUACAGGUUCAGGUGUCCUGGUCCAGGUGUGUUCCACUGUGCUUUGACUGGACUGGUGUUUGUUAUGGCUCAGGAGGCGGAGCUGCUGUACAACACUGUCCAAUGGGAUGAGAUCGUCCUCCAGUCAGCUGGCAAGAUGGCUGCAGGGCCGCUGUUUGAAAUCAAGUGUUCAGAGGAAGCUGCUGUCUGUCAGCUCCACCUCCCACACUGUGAAAUUAUGGAUGCUCCGCUCCCUGAUGGCCUGUUGUCUGUUGUCCACAUCACUGACGAUGGAAUGAGCGUCCUCAAGUCGCAGGAGAUUACAGACACUCAUGUGGUUGUCACUGUUCCUCACCUCUCUGCCUUUGGCCUGGUCUGGGAUAUCGUCACGAGGUUUUUGAGCAACCUAAAACUAGUCAACGGCCAAGUUCUGCUGUUCCUCGGACCACCAAUCCCAGAAACACAGAGGCAAAAACUCAAUGUGCUUCUCCUGCCAAGAAACAUCCCUCUGACGGAGGUGAGCCCACAACAGCAACUUUGCAAGAACAUCCAGGCUCCUUCCACAUGUAAACUCAUCAAAGAUCAAAGUUACACUGCUCACUGUCCUCAGGCCAUUAAAGUACAGCCUAAGAAAGCAGAGUUCGACCUGGAGUUUGGACCAAAUUAUCACCCAACGUUUGAGAUCCGCCUGCCUACAAACACACCAGAAGUGACUGUAACAGUCCAAGACGGAAGACAGACAAGAGUCUGGGAGCAUGACGUUGAUCUGAUGGGUUCAAGAGAGCAAAUUCCACAGAGGAGCGUCCCAGCAGAGGACAGUGUCCCAGCAGAGGACAGCGUCCCAGCAGAGGACAGUGUCCCAGCAGAGCAGAGGCUGUUCUCAGUUCGGACACAGUUUGUAAACAGAGUGUCUGAUCCUAAUCUGAACCAGCUUCUGGAUAAACUCCUGGAGCGUCAGGUUAUAAAUGAUGAUGAAAUGCAGUCGGCCAGAGCAAAACUCAGAGCAGACAAAGCACGACACGUGAUCGACACGGUGCGGAACAAGGGAACUGAAGCCUGUUCAGUUCUGAUCGCUGCUCUCUGUGAGGUGGAUCCACAUCUUUCCAGAGUGCUGAAAUUAAGCUGAAGCAAAAACAAGAAACUGAGGAGUGUGAUGAUGAAUCUCUGUAAGAGCUGACUGUUUCACAUUACUUACUGUCAUCUUUGAAUGAAAGGUUUUAAUAAGUGGACUUUCACUUUGAAAGUGAUUGAGUUAAGAGGGAGAAAGAGGUGUUGUUCUGUAUUCAGACACUAGAUGGAGGCAGAACUUCACUGAUGGACAAAGAAGAAGCAGCUGGAGCAUCAGAUAGAUGUGAAAAUAAUCAUUUAGAAAAACAUUGAGAAAGAUUUCCAAGUGAAGAUUAUGAACCUGAACCUGGCUGCAUAAAACUACUUAGGGCUAAGGUGUCCCUUCAAUUUUCAUCUAAGGGCCUGUGUUUACAGAGUGUUUUUCUUGGUGCUGGGUCGAGCCUCAUCCCAGCGCUUCAUAAAAACAAGCUCUCACAGCUUUUCUUUUUUUUUUAAUGACAACAACAUCUUGACAUGAAUGUUACUUAGAUAGGACAGGAUUAGUCACGGAAUCCAACUUGCAUAAUGUGGUCUUCUUUUUUUCUUUUUGUUUUUAUGUUUGAAUGAAGUUUUGCCACAUCAGUUUAAAGAAGAUAAUUGGUUGAAAUGUACUUAUUGAAAUGCAAUAGCCAGUUGAAUUUUAGCAGCUUGGAGCAUCGACUUCUUGAUGAUGUUCAACAACUGCCUGGAUAACUUUUGAUCUAUUAUGAUUUCAGUGUAACUAAAUUUCUGACCUGUGAGAUUAUGUGACAAAAAAUAAAGAUGUAAUAAACAACUUAAACUCCUCACAGGUCACAGAGGAAAAUAACUAAGUACAUUUACGCAAGUGCUGCACUUCAGUUAAGUUUUGAUGUACUUGAAAUGUACUUUGAGUGUACAUGUAUAUGAGUGUUUCCAUAUAUAGCUCCUUUGUACUUCUACUACACUUCACAUCAGAGGGAGAUAUAUUUGCCUGGCAGCUUUAGUUAAUUUACAGAUUCAGAAUACUGAUGCAAAAUGACAUGAUAUAUUACUUUAGAUUAAACUACACAGCAGCAUCUGAUCUGAAGUGCAGAAAAACAUUGAAGUGCAUAAAAUAAAGAAUGAAUAGACUGUGGAAUAAACAGUGAGGAGAUAUGAUGACACUACAUCUAUACAACAGUGUGUAUGAACGUGCUGCAGUAUGGACAGUAUGUGCAGUGGUUACAGUAGGCAGUGCAGGUAUAAGUUAGUGAUACACACAGUAGACUGUUAUACAAAAUAAUCAGCUGGUGGUACGGUAUGAACACAGUGUACAGCAUGGUCAGUAGUAUAUGUGAAUGCAGGAGUGUGGAUAGUGCAGUGCAUAAUAUACAUUAUAUACAUUAUAUAUUUCCAUUAUUCUGAAAUGAGCCAGUCUGCAUGAUGAGUACUUUUACUUUUUGUACUUGAAGUAUAUUUUGAUACUAAUACUUUGUACUUUUACACGAGUCAAAUUUUGACUGCAGUACUUGCAACAGAGUUUGUCUGUGCUGAGGUCUUUUCUUUUUGGCCUGCUCAAAUAAAAGAUCAGAGUAUUUCUUUCCCCACUGGCUGUAACCAAAGCAGCCAUGUAGCAUAACAUUGCUGGGUGUUUCGUUGAUAAGUGGCAUCGUAAAGUUACUGCAGACCUCACGGAGCUUCCUCUUCUCUCAGAGUGAUGAGAGUGCCGUGCGUCAUUGUUCACACCAAGGUAAGUGGUGGUCAACAAGACUGUCUGUUCAGUUAGCAAUUUAGUUUUUCAGUUUUUAUAUUGGUUAGCUAUAUUUUACCGUAGACUGAAUAAUAUAAUGUACUCGGCUACUGUGAUGUCAGCCGUUGGUUUGUGGACUCACAUUUUAAGCCUUGACAGGUUGAAGACAACCUGUCGCUCACAGUGAACGCAGCCUUAAUUUUGCGUGACUUAAAGCCGUAAUGAAAUGUAAACAGGUGAGUUAUUUAAAGUUUAACCCCCUGUACAUUUAUGAUAAUAAAGGAAAUUAACAAAGA